AUUAAUUAAAACCACAUCAUUUAAAUGUUAUCCAUCUACUACCUCCAUACUUCUCCAUUAUAUACCAACACUACUGCCCACACACUCACAAAUCAAGUUUUCUAGUUUUUUUUCCAUCUCAAUUCUUCGUUCUUAAUAAGUCAUGGACUCUGCUAAUGAAGUACUCCAUGACUUCUUCCCCAUGUUUCGAGUCCUCAAAGGUGGCCAGGUCGAGCGUCUCAUGGGGAACGACGUCGUUCCCGCAUCGCUCGAUCCAGCCACCGGCGUCCAAUCCAAGGACGUCUCGAUAAACGCCGAUUCCGGCGUUUCUGUUCGACUCUACGUGCCAAAAGCCGCCGAUCCCGCUCACAAACUCCCCCUCCUUAUUUAUUUUCACGGUGGGGGUUUUGUGGUCGAAACCGCCGCUUCGCCCGCUUACCACAAUCACCUCAACAAUCUCGCGGCCGAAGCAAACGUCGUAGUUGUCUCCGUGGAUUAUCGCCGCGCGCCGGAGCAUCCUCUCCCCAUCGCGUACGAGGAUUCGUGGGAUGCGGUCAAAUGGGUGGCUUCUCAAUCAUCAGGGGAAGAACCGUGGCUGAAUGAGUACGCUGAUUUUGAACGCGUGUUUUUCGCGGGUGACAGCGCGGGGGCGAACUUAGCACACAACAUGGCAAUCCGGGUCGGGCUGGAGAACCCGGACGGUUUCAACCUGGAAGGGAUUGUUCUGGUGCACUCGUAUUUCUGGGGGAAAGAACCGGUGGGCGGCGAACCGGUUGAACCGGAGCAUAGAGUGCUUAUAGAGAAGCUGUGGGUUUACACGUGCCCGGGGAGUAGCGGAACGGAUGAUCCGUUCAUGAAUCCGGGUUGUGAUCCGAGGAUAUCGGGGCUGGGGUGCAAGAGAGUGUUGAUAUUUGUGGCGGAGCAGGAUCUGUUGAAGCACAGGGGAUUGUAUUAUAAGGAGGUGUUGGAGAGGAGUGGUUGGGGUGGGAAAGUGGAGGUGGUGGAGACGAGAGAUGAGAAUCAUGUGUUUCAUCUCUUUAACUCCGCCACAGAGAAUGCUAAGUCCUUGGUGAAGACAUUUGCGGGUUUCAUGAAUGAGGGCAAGAGUGGGUGAUGCAUCUCGGUGCUUUGGUUGUAACGGUUCCACACAAAUAAAUUAAUAAAAGGUUUUUAACUUUUGUAUUUAUGAUAUCGAUACUUGAGUGAAAUUAAAUUGCAAGAUAUAUUGUUUCUCAUGUAAGAAGAAGAUAGGAGUACUCUCUGUUUUUUAUAUGUUGGACGUUUAAAGUCAUAAUACAUGAUGUAUUAAGAAAUAUGAGUAACACGUACACCUGGAAUGUAGGUUUUGUCACAA